AUGCAAAUCGCACCGAGAGCGCAGGAUCCGUUCGGGAUGCUGGACGACAUGAUGAUGCAGCCCUUCGGUGGACCAGCUGGUGGCGGCAUGUUCGGCUCGAUGUUCGGGCAGAUGAACCGCAUGAUGCAGGAGAUGGAUACGAUGAUGAGCCGCGGGGGCAUGAUGGGCCCAGACAUGUUUGGUGGCGGCGGACAGAGCAGCAUGAUGAUGAGCAGCAUGGGUGGCGGAGGAGGUGGAAGCUUUUCGUGCCAGACAUUCUCGUUCUCGUCUCGCACGGGUCCCGACGGUCAGGUCCACACCGAGCAGUUCUCUUCCAGCGCAGUGGGCGACCGGUCUCAGAACGUGCACGAGGUCCAGCAGAUGUACAGCAAUAGCCGGACCGGCGAGGACAAGAUGUCACUUGAGCGACAGUUGGAUGGCAGGGGCCGGAAGAUGGUCAAAGAAAGGACUCGGAGUACAGGGGAGGAGCGGCAGACGGACAUGUUCAAAGGCAUGUCGGAGAAUGACGCCGGCGACUUUGACCAAGACUGGCAGCGACGUGCUGUCCCGGCCCUGCCAAGGCAUCAACAGGGCUUCCAGCGGAUGAUGCUGAGCGAUCACGGCGGGCACGGUGCAGCAGGGCGUGAGGCGCCCAGCAGCCGACGGCCGAUGCAAGCUGCUCUGCCCUCCGGCUACGGCUACGAGCGCCCGGCUGAGGCACUCCCGCCUUCCUCGGGCUAUCGCAGCUACGAGCGCCCGGUGGCCCAAAGCAACUACGAGCCCUACGAGACCCGGCCUGUGCCACAGACCGUGCCGCCACGAAGGCAAACAACUUGGAGGUGA